AGUUCUUGCACAAGGAAUGCAAAAACGUCCUUUUCCAUUGCGAGAUUGGCACUAAGAGCGAUGAUCGCUCCGAAUAAUUUUAAUGGGCAUUUCGGUGAUCCAAGGAAGGCUGCACCACCAUCGUUAUUAUCACCACCACCCCUAGCAUUUCUCGCUGCCCAUACAUGUAAAAUAUCUGGCGAAAGGAAUGGGGAAACCAUAUGUUGAAGGAGCUGCAUCUCAUUAGUACAGUAUUAUUUCUCAUCUGAUUGGAGAAGAAUGGUGUCUUCAUUCGGAAACCUAUUUAGUAGGAUAGAUAAUGUAUCAGCUGUUUUGUAAACAUCGCCAAAUGAUGAAACCUUCCACGGCAGAGACUCUCCACAAAGGAAGGAUGUUGUGGAUAAUUCUUCUAAGCACAAUUGCUCUAGCAUGGACUACACCAAUUCCCUUGAUAGAGGACUCGGAGGAACUCGAUGAGCCCUGCUUUGAUCCAUGUUACUGUGAAGUGAAGGAGAGCCUUUUCCAUAUACAUUGCGACAACAAGGGAUUUAUAAAUAUUAGUCAGAUAACAGAGUCGUGGUCGAGACCUUUUAAACUUUACCUGCAGAGGAACUCCAUGAGGAAAUUGUACACCAACAGUUUUCUUCACUUGAACAACGCUGUGUCUAUUAACCUUGGGAACAACGCACUGCAGGACAUCCAGAGCGGGGCUUUUAAUGGGCUCCGAGCUCUGAAGCGGUUGUAUUUGCACGAAAACAAAUUGGACAUUUUCAGGAACGACACUUUCCUGGGUUUGGAAAGUCUGGAAUAUCUGCAGGCAGAUUACAAUGUCAUUAAACGGAUUGAAAGCGGGGCGUUUCGAAACCUCAGCAAGUUGAGGGUCCUUAUCCUGAAUGACAAUCUUAUCCCCAUGCUUCCCACCAACCUAUUUAAAUCUGUGUCCUUAACCCAUUUGGACUUGCGCGGGAACAGGUUAAAAGUCCUUCCCUACCGGGGGAUGUUGGACCAUAUUGGCCGGAGCCUCAUGGAGAUCCAACUGGAGGAGAAUCCUUGGAACUGCACCUGUGAGAUCGUGCAGCUGAAGAGCUGGCUGGAGCGCAUCCCCUACACGGCCCUGGUGGGGGACAUCACCUGCGAGACCCCCUUCCACUUCCACGGCAAGGACCUGCGGGAGAUCAAGAGGAGUAAGCUCUGCCCCAUGCUGUCCGACUCCGAGGUGGAAGCCAGCCUGGGGAUCCCGCAGCUGCCGUCCAGCAAGGAGAACGCGUGGCCCACCAAGCCGUCCUCCAUGCUGUCCUCCUUCCACUUCACCGCCUCCUCGGUUGAGUACAAAACCUCCAACAAGCAGCCCAAGCCCACCAAGCAGCCCAGGGCGCCCAGGCCUCCCCCUACGCCCCGCGGGCUCUACCCCGGGCCGAACCAACCGCCCAUCGCUGCCUACCAGACCAGGCCCCCCAUCCCCAUCAUCUGCCCCACCGGCUGCUCUUGCAGCUUGCACAUCAACGACCUGGGCCUCACGGUCAACUGCAAGGAGCGAGGGUUUCACAACAUCUCCGAGCUCCUGCCCAGGCCCCUCAACGCCAAGAAGUUGUACCUGAGCGGGAAUUUGAUACAGAAAAUCUACCGCUCCGAUUUCUGGAAUUUUUCCUCUUUGGAUCUCUUACACCUGGGGAACAACCGGAUCUCCUACGUGCAGGACGGGGCUUUUAUUAACCUGCCCAAUCUCAAGAGCCUCUACCUGAACGGCAACGACAUCGAGCGGCUCACGCCGGGCAUGUUCCGGGGCUUGCAGAGCUUGCAUUACCUGUACUUCGAGUACAACCUGAUCAGGGAAAUCCAGCCGGCGGCCUUCAGCCUCAUGCCCAACCUGAAGCUGCUCUUCCUCAACGACAACCUGCUGCGCACCUUGCCCACGGACGCCUUCGCCGGCACCUCUCUGGCGCGCCUCAACCUGCGCAACAACCACUUCUUGGCGCUGCCGGCAACCGGCGGGCGGGAGCGACUGCACUUCGUGGACUGCCUCUACGGCACGGUGCCCAAGCUGAAGGAACUGCACGUGCACCCGCCCGGCAUGCAAUACCCGGACCUGCAGCAGGACGCCAGGCUCAAGGAAACCCUCCUCUUCGCCGCCGCCGCCGCCGCGAAGGGCUUCCCCGAGCACCAAACCCCCACAAGCGAAUACCUCGAGUUAAGGGCCAAACUCCAAACCAAGCCGGAUUACCUCGAAGUCCUGGAGAAGACCACGUACCGGUUCUGACGCCGCCG